ACACUGUCAGAUUUGGAAUGUGACUACAUUAACGCUAGAUCGUGCUGCUCAAAACUCAAUAAAUGGGUGUUUCCUGAAGUGAUUGGUCAUGCUGUUGUAACUGUAUUAAUGCUUAUUUCAUUGCACUGGUUCAUCUUUCUCCUUAAUUUGCCAGUAGCAACAUGGAAUAUAUAUAGGUACAUUAUGGUGCCAAGUGGAAACAUGGGGGUAUUUGAUCCCACAGAGAUCCAUAACCGAGGACAACUGAAAUCACACAUGAAGGAAGCCAUGAUUAAACUAGGCUUUCAUCUGCUCUGUUUCUUCAUGUACCUUUACAGUAUGAUUCUGGCUUUGAUAAAUGAUUGAGAAGUUGAAAAAGAUCGAUUAGCUGCCAAAUUGGGUCAUCACUCCAGUGACUGGUUGUGGAGCUACAGACACCUUCCAAACCUACCUAGCUCAGUGUUGUCAUGCAGUAUAUUUUUCCUCUUUGAACAAUAAAUAUUUUUCUGUAUUUUUAACAUAAAAUAUUUUCAAAAGACA